UUACCCAACAAAUAACUCGUUUUAUUGCAUGGGUUCUUAUAAGUAGCCCUAUUUAGGACAGUUGACACUUGUGUAAUUGUAGGUUUUUGAACCAGUAAAGGCAGUGGAGACGGAAUGAUACGCUUCUCUUGCUAGUGCUCCUUAUUUUUUGUGAAGUCAUGUCUUUCCAUCAGGAUCGGGGUGGUCCCAGGGGGGGAAUUCCCCCAGGCCAGCACGGCUCCUCUCAAAACUACCGACCCACCAACCUGAGGCCACCACCUCCACAGCCUCCUGUUCCCCCGUACCACUACGAUCCUCAGACUCCUCCCAGUUCAGGCUACCAUGGAAACACUGGAUACAUGCCUCUGCACUCUGACUUCAUGCAGUACCCUCCACCAGCACCAUCCCAGACACCCAGUUCACUUAACCAGUGCCCAGUGCGCCCACCUUUCCCCAAGCCCCCUGUCAGGCAGGGUUUCCCUGAACCCCCGCCUAACUUUCCACCUCCUCCCCUUCCCAGCUCCACAGGUGGUUCCGCUUCAGGGUCCCAGGUGUCUGCUCAGAAUGCCUACCACCCUUACAUGAUGCCUCCUGUGCCCCCACCACCAUUACCACACCCACCAAUGCCUCCCCCCAUAGCUUCCCAGUCUAUGAGCUACCACCCUCCAUACUCCAUGAACUACCCCCAUCCUCCCCACCCUCCUUUCCCUCCUCCCACCUUCAGCCCUGGCUACACUCAGAAUCCCAGCUCAUUCAAACCAGACCACAGCUUCAGGCACGGGGGGCAAUACAAGUAUGAGAAGCCAAUGGACAACAGGAGGUCUCCAGAAAGAGGGUAUCGCCACGAUGACCACAGGCAGAAGGGAUACGGCUACGGUAGCCAUGGUGAAAAGCAUAAAAUGGAUUUCCCUGGCGACAGGAAGGAUCGUGGGAGGAGUCCAGACAGGCGCGGCAGGCCGGAGGGUGGACGUUACAGGUCUGAGUACGACAGAGGCCGGACUCCCCCCAGACACAGGAGCAGGGAACGUAGCAGGGAGAGGUAUCGUCACAGAGAAAGUCGGAGAUCCCAGUCACCCGACAGGCACAGAAAGAGACCCCGAAGUCGGUCCUCAAGCAGAGACAGGAAACGUGGUCGCUGGGAAGAGGAGAGGGACAGAAGGUCGGAGAGCUCCUCCGGCCUGAGCAGAGAGCGCAGCUACUCCUCCGUCAGGAGCAGAGACUCCGAAGAGACCUUUGCUGACCGAGAGCGAGAGAGGGAGCGAGAACGGGACAGGGACAGAGAAAAGGAGAAAGAGAAGGGGGAUGAUGAGAAAGAGGAAGAUGAGCUUCUGAAACCUGCCUGGAUCCGCUGCACACAUGCUGAGAACUACUACUCCAGUGACCCCAUGGACCAAGUGGGAGACUCUACUGUGGUCGGGACCAGUAAACUGCGGGACCUGUACGAGCGCUUUGAGGAAGAGCUGGGGAGGAGACAGGAGAGAGCUAAGGCUCUUCGACCUAAAUGGGACCCGCCCAAAACCAAACUAGAUGAGGAUCCAGAUGACAGCAGUAGUGAGUCAGACUGUGAGUCAGACGGCGAAGGAAGCACCUGCUCCAGCAGCUCUGACUCAGAGGUUUUUGAUGUUAUUGCCGAGAUCAAGAGAAAGAAAGCUCAUCCCGACCGCCUGCAUGAGGAGCUGUGGUACAAUGACCCAGGACAGAUGAAUGAUGGUCCCUUGUGUAAGUGCAGUGCCAAGGCCAGACGUACAGGGAUCCGCCACAGCAUCUACCCGGGGGAGGAGCCAGUGAAGCAGUGUCGGACAAUGAACAACAAUGCAGGGAAACUGUUUCACUACAGGAUCACUGUGUCUCCUCCCACCAACUUCCUGACUGACAGACCGACAGUGAUCGAGUACGAUGACCACGAGUACCUGUUUGAAGGCUUCUCUCUCUUCUCCCACACACCUCUCACUAGCAUUCCAUUGUGCCGUGUGAUCCGCUUCAACAUAGAUUACACCAUUCACUUCAUAGAGGAGAUGACACCGGAGAACUACUGUGUCCGAGGCCUGGAGCUGUUUGCCUCCUACUUGUUCAAGGACAUUCUUGAGCUGUAUGACUGGAACCUGAAAGGCCCUGAGUUUGACAAUGAGUCGUCUGGAUGCCAGCAGUUCCAUUUCAUGCCCCGUUUUGUCCGAUUCUUACCUGAUGGCGGGAAGGAGGUGCUGUCUAUGCAUCAGGUGCUGCUCUACCUGCUGCGCAGCAGCAAGCCCCUGGUCCCCGAGGAGGAGAUUGCUGACAUGCUGCAGUGGGAGGAGCUGGAGUGGCAGAAAUACGCGGAGGAGUGCAAGGGCAUGAUCGUCACCAACCCAGGAAUGAAACCGAGCUCAGUGCGUAUCGACCAACUGGACAGGGAGCAGUUCAACCCAGACGUCAUCACCUUCCCCAUCAUCGUUCAUUUCGGGAUCCGGCCCGCUCAGCUCAGCUACGCCGGAGACCCUCAGUACCAGAAACUGUGGAAGAGCUAUGUGAAACUACGCCACCUGCUGGCCAACAGCCCCAAGGUCAAGCAGAUUGACAAGCAGAAGCUGACGCAGAGAGAGGAAGCUCUUCAGAAGAUCCGUCAGAAGAACACUAUGCGCCGUGAGGUGACAGUGGAGCUCAGCAGUCAGGGCUUCUGGAAGACUGGCAUCCGCUCCGACGUCUGUCAGCAUGCCAUGAUGCUGCCUGUUCUCACCCAUCAUAUCCGGUACCACCAGUGUCUGAUGCACCUGGAUAAGCUCAUUGGCUACGUCUUCAAGGAGCGCUGCCUCCUUCAGCUUGCCAUGACUCACCCCAGUCACCACCUCAACUUCGGCAUGAAUCCUGAUCACGCCCGCAACUCCCUUUCCAACUGUGGCAUCCGCCAGCCUAAGUACGGAGACAGGAAGGUCCACCACAUGUACAUGAGGAAAAAGGGAAUCAACACAUUGAUUAACAUCAUGUCUCGUCUGGGGCAGGAUGACCCCUCCCCUUCCAGGAUCAAUCACAACGAGAGACUUGAGUUCCUGGGUGAUGCUGUUGUCGAGUUCCUCACCAGUGUCCACUUGUACUACCUUUUCCCUAGUUUGGAGGAGGGCGGCCUUGCCACCUACAGAACAGCCAUUGUACAGAACCAGCACUUAGCCAUGCUAGCCAAGAAACUGGAGUUAGAUCGCUUCAUGCUCUACGCUCACGGACCGGAUCUGUGCCGGGAGUCGGACCUGCGACACGCCAUGGCCAACUGCUUUGAGGCACUUAUCGGUGCUGUGUAUUUGGAAGGAGGCUUGGAGGAGGCCCGGCAGCUCUUUGGUAGACUGCUUUUCAACAGCGAGAGGCCCGACUCAAAAGAGAACGUUUGCAGUCAGGGCCCCGAGGCUCCCGAACAGCCUGCCCGAGGAAACCAGGACCUACGGGAUGUCUGGCUCAACUACCCAUCACACCCCCUGCAGGUCCAGGAACCUCAGACAGACAGGCAGCUGAUUGAGACGUCUCCAGUCCUCCAGACACUGACGAGCUUCGAGGAAUCUAUUGGAGUUUUGUUCACACAUGUGCGUCUUCUUGCCAGAGCCUUCACCUUGAGGACUGUGGGCUUCAACCACCUCACCUUGGGCCACAACCAGAGGAUGGAGUUCCUGGGAGACUCUAUCAUGCAGCUGGUGGCCACAGAGUACCUCUUCAUCCACUUCCCCGACCACCAUGAAGGACAUUUAACACUACUCCGCAGUUCGCUGGUAAACAACCGCACACAGGCCAAAGUGGCAGAGGAGCUGGGCAUGCAAGAGUUCGCCAUCACCAACGACAAAACCAAACGACCAGUCGCACUACGGACCAAGACUCUGGCUGACUUGUUGGAGUCUUUCAUUGCCGCUCUCUACAUUGAUAAAGAUCUGGAGUAUGUGCACACCUUCAUGAAUGUCUGCUUCUUCCCCCGUCUGAAGGAGUUCAUUCUGAACCAGGACUGGAAUGAUCCAAAGUCUCAACUGCAGCAGUGCUGUUUGACCCUGAGAACUGAGGGCAAGGAGCCUGAUAUCCCGCUGUACAAGACCCUGCAGACAGUGGGGCCCUCACACGCCCGCACCUACACGGUCGCCGUGUAUUUCAAAGGGGAGCGAAUCGGCUGUGGCAAAGGCCCGAGUAUCCAACAGGCGGAAAUGGGAGCUGCGAUGGAUGCGCUCGAAAAAUAUAACUUCCCACAGAUGGCUCAUCAGAAGCGCUUCAUCGAGCGGAAAUACAGACAGGAGCUGAAGGAGAUGAGACGAGAGCGGGAGCGGCAGGAGAAGGAGACCGACGAGGUGGAGGAAUGCAGGAAGUGACGGCACCAAUCAAGACCCGCAUCCACAUUAAGGAGCUCUCUCUGCAAAUGUGGCAGCUGUCCAGGCAAGCGUUGACAAGAUAGAGAUGCCACUAGUUGAUUGCGAGGCUGCGAUAGUUUAGCAGCGACGAGUGACUGUUGUUCUACAUUCUACAUGAACAUCGAUGGGACACAAGUGGGGAUUAGCUGGGUUGCCAUAACGCUUUAAUGUGUCUUUUAGAUUUUGUCUACGAUUUUCAAAGUUGAAGUUGGACAGAAGGCAAACAGAAUUAGAAAUCAUGUUUUAUGCUGUUUAGUACUGGAGCACUGUCAACGUGGCCUUUUGUUGUUGAAUCAUUAAAUAUUGAGUUGCCUAACUUUUCAACCAGGAGCAAUGGUGUAUGUCAUGCUAAAUAAACCAUCAAAGCUAGUAUUGUAAAUAAAGUUUCAGAUUCUGUCAUAAA